GCCGCGCUCCUACUGGCUGGCUUGACACCGGCUGUUCGUGAUGUCAUCGGGCUCGACGAGAAGAGGCCGUCGCGGGAGGAGGGGAAGGGGAAGAGGCGAGGAAAGCGGUGGAAAUGGGACCGCCUGCGAAGCCUCGCUUAGGCUGCGACAGGGCAAAGAAAUGGAAAACAACAGCUCCCGGCCCUUCCCUGAGGCGCACCGACGGUGCUACUGCGCCCUCUCUGCCGCCGCCUCCCUGGCACAGCCCCCCCCGACAGCGGCCGGGUCAGAUCCGCGGAGCAGCCCCUCACUUGCCCCUCUUCCACGGGCGACACGCGGAAGAGAGUGCCGAGCGACCCCAUCUGGUAACUGUUGUUCGACCCAGUCAGAGCGCACCACGAAAGGUGACGGUGCUUUUAAACCGCAGGGGCGUGGUCUCCUUUGAUCAACUCCUAUUGGACAUCUCGGAAGCGCUCGGGUUCCCUCGUUGGCAUCGAUCCAGAGUGACCCGCCUCUACACCGCUUUCGCCCGAGAGGUGAAGAGCGCUGGCGACUUCUUCCGCGGCGAAACAGCCCUCCUGGCGCUGGGUAGAGGCCGCCCCGAGCUGAGCAGUCUGCGGGAGGCACUGGAGGAGCUUUUCCCGGAGCAGUGCCGCUACCGGGCCGAGGCGCUGCUGGUCUGGGAGAAGAAGCUCCGACCAGCGCUGGAUAAAGCUGGCAAGGCGGACAGUGGCUACGGCGAGGCGGCAGAUGACAAGGGGCCUGCAAACGAGAGGCCGCCAUCGGAGGCAGAGAAGUCGAGUAAGGGUGUGUCCAGGAAAGCCGCUCACCUUCCCAACCAUCUGCAGAAGCUCAGAGUGAGGGGCGGGGUCUGUGAGGCAACGCCGUCUGCCAUUGGUCGAUUCCAACGGGAGCGAGAGACAGACUUUGCUCCUCUGUGUGAAAACUGCUUGGCGAGAAGAGUAAAGCCUCUGAAGUGGACCACUCCGCUUUCAGAAAAGGCCCCACUGCCUCCCGUGUGCAGGAAACAAACAGCAAGUUCACCCCAAGGUUGUAAAUGUCUGCUGCCGUUUUUUGCUGUGUGCUGUCGUUAUGUUUUGUGUCCAUUGUGUAAAGGUGAGUGGAAGAAUCCUCCUGCGAUCUCGAGGGACUUCUCUGGGCUUUGCUCGGAGGGCAGCGAGGUCUCCGAGGCAGACGUGGCUCAUCUCUACGAGGUGGGGCGCCUCCUCGGGGACGGCAACUUUGCGGUGGUACGCGAGUGCCGGCGCCGCACCGAUGGGCGCGUGCUGGCCGUCAAGAUGGUGGAGUGCUCCCGGCUGCUGGGCCGGGAGCACAUGCUGCAGAACGAGCUGAGCCUGCUAGCCAGCCUGCGGCACCCGCGCAUCAUCAGGCUGCUGGACCACCACCGCACGUCCGCCAGGGUCUACCUGGUCAUGGAGCUGGCCGGCGGCGGCGACCUCUUCGAGGCCAUCAGCCAGCGUGGCAGCUUCGGCGAGGGCGAGGCCGCGCUCAUGGUGGCUGACGUGGGCGAGGCGCUCAAGUACAUCCACCGCAGGAGUGUGGUCCACCGAGACGUCAAACCGGAGAACCUGCUGAUUGUUCAAGCGGUUUCUGGCGUGACCAGACUAAAACUGGCCGACUUUGGUCUCGCCAUGGUCGUGACCGAGCCUGUCUUCACCAUCUGCGGCACGCCCACCUACGUGGCGCCCGAGAUUCUAUCCGAGACAGGAUAUGGUGUGGAGGUGGACAUGUGGGCGCUGGGUGUCAUUCUCUACAUCCUUCUGUGCGGCUUUGCCCCUUUUCGAAGUCGGGAUCGAGACCAGGAUGAACUGUUUGAGAUCAUCAAACGGGGGCAACUGCAUUUCCCACCCCCCUAUUGGGAUGCCAUCUCAGAAAAAGCCAAAGGCCUAGUCUCAGGCCUCAUCCAGCCAGACCCGGUCGCCAGGAUGACAGCAGAACACACAUUGCAGCAUCCCUGGCUGAGGGCCAUGGCCACCGGCUGCCAGCCCAAGACACUGGAGAGCCACUGCAAGACCAGGAUGGAAGAAACAUCACCCGGACCAGCACUGCUAGACAGACAGAAGGUCCAGAAUACACUGAGGGAAGACCCAUAAACUGUUCUUCACUCAAGCAGCGGGCAGGCUUCAGACCAGAUUUGUUCAGACGCUCAAUCGGGCAGAAACAAGCAGGCCAUUAAAACAAAAAGUCAAAUGUACUUUUAGUUUCUAAUGCAGGUAACCCCCCCCCCCCCUCUCAUUGGAGUAGGCUUAGACUUUGUUGCGAAGCUUUUGUUUACUCACCUUGUAUUUCUCGUUGUAUCAUUCAUACAUAAUUAUACAGUAGAAGGUCUACCAGAACCAGUCAGACCACUUGCAGCUGAUUGCACAAGCAGCACAAUAUGCAAAUCAACAAACCACGAAAUCGUUUUUGCUUGUUUAUUAAGUGGUUAGUAAUUAAA